GCGCACUCGGGAGUGCGCACACGGAGCCGGUGGUGACUCUCCUCCUCUUAAGAAGCAGGAGACAGUCCGGAUGCUCGGCACAUCCCGGGGUGCACGGAGAGCGGACCACAGAGGUGCUGCUGUGUUUCGGUCCUGUCCGCUGUCAGCCUGCAGCCAUAUGACUGAGCUGCUAUUCAAACCAUAAACAACAACAAAGGAAAACAACAACAACAACAACAACAAACAAACGCGGCAGGUGCCGUUGUGCUUCACAGACAAUGGCUCUCUCCUGGAGUCUUCUCCUGGCGUUCUUGUUUGCCACCCUGGUACUGUCGCACAGCGCUGAGCCCGGAGCCCCUCACGGCAAGAGGAGACAGGCACAGACCUCAGCAGGAGGCAGCAACACCCUACAGUACCCUCUGCAAGGUCUACAUGGCCACCGUUUCAGCAGGGACCGUGGAGGGCACGGGGGCCAGGGGGCCCGCGCUUCCAAAGGUGGAGCUGGGCUGCUCUCCCACAGGCCCCUGCACGCCCUGGCCAGGCCUGAGGAUGAUGGGACAGGCCUGGAGAGUUUGAGCCCGGUGAGACUGGAGAUUGGCCCGGGCAGGGACAGAGACAGAGUUCGAAUGAGUAUGAAGAGUCCAUCCCAGACCCGGGAAAACGACCUUCUGGGGACACGCAAGGGAAGGGGGCAUGGACACGGGAAUGGGCAUGGACACCAUUUUGAGCACAGGAGACAAGGGAGUCGGCGUGAGAGGGGGCGGCAUGGAAAAGGGUUUCUUCCUGAGCCUGAGCUGAGCGCUGCGUUUAAGGACAGAGAUCUGUUCGAUGAUCCUCCCUCAUCUGCUGCCUCCCCCUCCCUCAGUGUAACCCCGCCCAGUGAACCCCCCUCCCCCAUCGCCGCCGUCUUUGGCUCCGGCUCCUCCAUGGUUACCACGGUGAUGAACGAGCAUCCCCCAACGCUGCCCCCGGCCACCACCAAACCCCAGAGGUCUGAAAGAGGAAAAGGACAAGGAGAGGUGAUGCCAACAUUGGACAUGGCGCUCUUUGACUGGACAGACUAUGAGGACAUGAAACCUGUGGACACCUGGCCGUCUUCCAAGAAGAAAGACAAGAGGCGGAGUAAGAACCUCAGCAGUGGAAAUGUGACUGUAGAUGCUGAUGCCAUCGAGCCAUGUGACCACCACCUGGACUGUCUCCCAGGUUCUUGUUGUGACCUGAGACAACAUGAGUGUAAACCUCACAACCGAGGCCUCAACAACAAAUGCUACGAUGACUGCAUGUGUGAGGAAGGGUUUCGUUGUUAUGCUAAAUUCCACCGGAAGCGGCGUGUGACCAGGAGGAGGGGUCGCUGCGUGGUACCAGAGUCAGUCAGCAGUGACCAAGGAGGCUUCAUCACUAUCUGAGGAGGAGGAAGUGGAGGAACAGGAAAAAUGAGCCCAUGACAGAGUGCUGAAAGGUGACGGCUUGCUGGUUUUUCAGCUCGACCCCACAAUGUAAAGCAUCCAGAUGUCAACAUCUGGUCACUUAAAACAAAAUAACAUGUGACUUAACUGGAUAUACUGUUUGAAUGUUGCAUUGUGGGAUGAGCCACACCUUCUAAUCCAGCAAAUCACCAUCUUUAAGCACUUAUUUAGUUCAGUUACAAUCCAUCCAUCAGUCUUAAUUCAGUUUUGGUCACUCCAGCGUCACUACAGAAGCAUAUGUACAUGUUGUUAAAAAGAAAACAUGAAGAGGGGCUUUUCAAAACUCACUUAGUCUACAAUGACCAAUUUUUAGACUAUUUGUUUUAAAUUGGCACAAAAGAUUCCCUUGGCUGGAAACACAUCUCUGAGUGAAAUCUGUAAACUCAUAGUUUAUGUGUUAUAUUUACCACAAUUACGGUUGCUGUUGGUUUGGUUUAAAUUUGAGCAAAAGCACCUUUUUCAAAUGUCUCUCACAGUUUUUCCUGCAUCUGAUUGUCUCUGUCUUGCUAAUCUGAGUCAAACAAUGUUUGCAAAUAAUUUUUAGUAUUGAAUUGCUGUGCUUGGAGUCCCAAAUGGGAGGUUUUUACUGCUUUAGGAUCAUUCAAAUUGAGUCAAGUAAGCUGUCACUCACAGAAAUUAUACUAAAAUUACUUUGAAAUAGUUUCUGUGUGAGUUCUCUGCUACAUUUUGUUUCUCAAAAUUAUUUGUAAACACUAUUUGGACCCAGUCUGCUGUCCUGUAUUGUAAAUAUGAAUGUGUUUGAAUUGCCAACAACCUUUUGUUAAAUUGACACCACUUCUCUUCAAAUGUACUUAAUAGUAGAACGAUAAACAAAGAUGCUUGUUUGACCUUCCUUUUACAUGUCUUAAUAUAUGUUUUUAUUUAUACUGUACUUAAAAAUACAUGUUUGUCUAUAAAUUGUGUUUUUUUGUUUUCAUGAUUAAACACUUACUAGGAUAAACACUU